AUGGAAAGGCUACCGAAAGAAAUUGUUGCACAGUUCCGAGGACUUCUCCUUGGAGAAAAUUCAGAAACAUCUUCGAAUCGAGGAGGAAUAGAAGGAGAGGGAGAAAUCAGAACCCCUACUCAUUUCAAAACAAACGCUGUGACCAACAAGGGAAAGAAGAGACAUGAUGGCAUGAAGAGUCAUCUUGGACCAAAGAAAGAACAUAACAAGUUCAAGAACUAUGGCGGUCAUAAAGGUCCAAAGAACGGAUGUUUCGUAUGCGGUAAACCUGGACACUAUGCUCGAGAUUGCAGACAAAAUAAAGCAAAAAAUGAGAUCAAUGCAAUUCGAUCAGAUGAUGACAUAAUUGCUACAGUGAGCGAAAUUAUGGCAAUCAAAGGAAAAGUUCAAGGUUGGUGGUAUGACACUUGUGCUACGGUGCAUGUUACUUAUGACAAGGCUGCAUUCAAAACCUAUUCUGAAGCAAUUGAUGGACAAGAGGUACAAAUGGGAAAUGAAGUCCGCUCUAAAGUUGUUGGAACCGGUUCGGUCGAACUUAACUUCACUUCUGGAAAGAAAGUUACACUUGUAAAUGUGCUUCAUGUUCCAGACAUGAAUAGGAAUCUUGUUAGUGGAGAUUUAUUAGGAAAACCGGGUAUUAAAUCUGUAUAUGAAUCGGGCAAACUUAUUUUGACCCGUAAUGGUGUAUUCAUUGGAAAAGGAUAUUCCGCAGAGGGAAUGAUCAAACUAUGUACUAAUGAUAAUAUUAUUAAUGAAAUUUCUAAUUCCGCUUACAUGCUUGAUUCCGUUUCUUUAUGGCAUAAUAGAUUAGCACAUUGUGAUUUGUGCGAAUUUAAUGGCAUGUUGACACGUGGAGGGAAUAGAUACUUUAUUACAUUCAUAGACGAUUCCUCUAUAUACACUCAUGUAUAUCUCUUAAAGCAUAAAGAUGAUGCAUUUAAUGCCUUUAAGACUUAUAAAGCAGAAGUCGAAAAUCAAUUAAAUAAAAGUAUAAAGGUCCUUAGAAGUGAUAGGGGCGGCGAAUACUUUUCAAUUGAAUUUGAUGCAUUCUGUGAAGAGCACGGCAGAACGCCAAAUAUCGGUUACUUUAAAGUGUGGGGGUGUGUGGCAUACUACAAAAACAUGGACCCUAAAAGAACCAAGUUGGGUCCUCGAGGAAUAAGAUGUGCUUUUGUAGGAUAUGCACAACACAGUAAAGCAUAUAGACUCUUAAAUCUAGAAUCUAAUGUAAUUGUUGAAUCCCGGGAUGUAGAAUUCUUUGAAAACCUUAUCAUAAAGGAUAAAGGAUCGGAGUCGGCCACUAAUAAAGAAUCUCAUGAAGAUAACUCUUCUCGGAUUGUAGAAAUACAAACUGAAGGCACUCCUAUAAUCAUUGAACCACAACCCGAGCCUAGGAUAAGCAAGAGAAUUCGGAAAACAAAGAAUCUAGGACCAGAUGAGAUUGAUUCUCAAUCUAUUUCCUUUUAUCUUGUUGAGGGAAAUUGUAAGAACUUUGUUCAACGCAUUCCGAUUAUUCUUCAAGUGGAAGAUGAUCCAAAAACUUAUAAGGAAGCAAUAACUUCAAGGGACUCCACUUUUUGGAAAGAUGCUAUCCAAGAUGAAAUGGAAUCAAUUAUGGAUGUUAAAACAGCGUUCCUAAAUGGAGAUCUUGAUGAGGAAAUCUACACGGAACAACCGGAAGGCUACCUGCUUCCUGGAAAUGAACAAAAGUUGGAAAUGGCGCGGUUUCUUGCUUCAAUUCCUAUAAACAGUAAUCCACCAUCACCUGCAAGUGAAGAUUCAAUGAAGAAAUGGCAUCAAAAAUCAAAGAUUCUUGAGAAAUUGGAAGAAAAUGAAUGUGAAAAGUGUGGAAAAUUUGGAGAAUUUUGUGAGAUUUUUGGCUUUGAUCUGAAAAAAUGA